AAAGUAGAUCAAGAAUUGGCGAGAACAAGUAUAUACCCAGUGGAUUUUAUAAUAAUGAGUUUGUGUGAAAACUUGAUAGAAAACUUUAAUUUCCAUUUAAUCUCAACAGAGAAGUGCAUAAGUGAAGAACUUGACAAAUGUCAGAAAAAUGCACUGAUGUGUUUACAGUGCUUUACAAAUAGUGAAAAGCACUGGGAUAAAGAGAAACAAGCAACAGAGAAACAACUACAGACAAUAAAGGAAGAUAUAACAGAACAGAAAAAAGCUAUAGAAGGUCAAGAAAGAAAGGUUCAAGAGCUAACCAAACUGUUAAGUGGCAUUCAAGAAGCGACAGAAUGUGCUCAUCUGGAAGAGAAGGAAUUUAAAACUCUUUUACAAACACUUGAAAGAAGUCUGGAAAAGAAAAAAACAGAUAUUGAAGCCAAGGAAAAAUCAUCCCAGGAAGAAGCUAUAGAAUGCCAAAAAGCUUCGUCUUACUUUCAGCAAAGGCUAGCACUAAAAAUAAAAAGAUCGAGAGAUGAUUGGCUAACAUUUAUAUUCACAUCCAUUGAUCCAAAUGAUGCAGAAAGAAAGUUUACUUUUGCUCUAAAAGUGAAUGAAAGAAAUCUCUUUGAAGUUCCUGGAUGUGAUCCACAAGUCCCAGGCUUAAGUGAACUGGUUGAAGAUCUGAACAGGAACAACAACCUUUUAGAGUUUGUUUAUGUUAUGAGACAAAGAUUCAAGGCCUUGGUCUAAAUGCAUGGUUUGGAUAUAUUCAAAAAGUGUAUAAAGUAACAUGGUUUAUUAUGAAUAACCUAAUUUAGUACUACUAACAGACUUUUUCACUUAGGUGUAAAUGACAAAAUUCCUAAGUGUUAGAAGAAUAGUGUAGACAAUUUAAUCUUUUUCUCAUAUAUUAAUGAAAAAAUUGUUAUUUAGCUUACUAAACAUGAAAAUAUUAAUAUGUGUGUGUUGGAUAUAUGCUUGAAAUUAUUCAAGUUAUUUUUUAAAAACAUUUAUGAAAUUCUCAGAUUGUAGUUUCCUGGAUUAAACUUCCUAAAACAUAUAGCUCACUGCUUUUGUAUUUAACCCAAUUUUAAGUGUAGAGGAUUUUUAAUUUUUUUAUCAGUUAUGGAGUUUAUCCGUACAUGGAAUAUUUAUGAAACUAUCUUAGAUUGGCUUAAACAUUUUUUUAUCACUUUAAUUUAUAAGUGUAAAAAAAUAGUUCUUAAUAUUCUGAUUAAGCACCACUCAACCUUGCAUAUGUAUUAUAUUAAAUUGAAGGUUAUUAGAAGAAUUUUAUGUUUCUCUAAGUUUUUGGCUGUUUUUCCAUCUCAUAAUUUUUAAGUUUGAAGAAUAUAGGCAUGUAUCAAUACUUGUUCGUUUUUUUUUAACAAAUUGGCUGCCAUGUGUCCCACUGGUGGGUCACAGAGAAUUAUGUUUCAAAAGUCAAAUUUCUUAUUGUGGCAUACGACUUUGGGAUACUGACUGCUCCUUGGCACCUUUUGAAUGUUUAAUUUUAUUUAUACUUAAAUUAUUAUGUGCAACCAACAUGUUAGAUGAUAUAUUGGCUUAGCAAAUGAAUAAUUAUAAGUAAGUUGAUUUCUAAACUAGACUAAUAUAGAAAAUUACUAUGUGUAAUAGCCUCUGAGCUAUAUAUAUAUAAAAAUAACUGAAAACUUCAUGAUCCAGUCUAUAAAGAAAGAGACAGUGGUUCAACAUAAUCUUUUCCUGAGUCUACACACUUGCACCAGCGGUGGUCAAAGGCCUUUAUACCCUUCAUUCCAUGAUUGGACAGUAUGUACAAGAUCAUCAUCACUCUGAGACUUUCAACCUUUCAGAAAGAUUUUAAGGUUAGGGAAGAGAAAAAAAAUCACUUGCAGUUAAAUCUGAUAAGUUAGAGGAAGGUGAUUGAAUACUCUGAAGCCAGCAUCAUGGAUAGCAUUCAAAGCAACACGUGAUUUGUGAACUGGGGCAGUAUUCUGAUGGAAGAGUACACCUUUGUUGGGCAAUCCUCUUCUCUUUGAUUUAUUGAUGCAUAAUAAUCUGCUGUAGUGGUUUGACCCCUUUCCACAUAACUGACUAGUGAAACAGAGGGUUGUGUGUGAACUUGGGUGUUUCCAUUCCAAACUUUACAUUUUUGUCUCUGGGUUGAAGUGGUGAAUGAACAUUUCAUCCAUAGUUAUGAAUCUCUGCAGUAGGUGUUUGCUUUCAACAACUCGGAUUUGUUUCUGUUCAGGUGACAACAUUUUUGGAACCAAUCUGGAAUUAACCUUACUCAUGUCCAAAUUGCUUUUACUAUUUCCACUUCCUCUGCUAACUCUUCUAUCAUAUAUAACCAAAUCACGAGCUUUAUUUACAAUUUCUGUUGUGAUCAAUGUUGAGGGCCGACUUGACCUUGGAUCAUUUUCAUAUGAUUGUCUACUGCAUUUAAACUCAGCACACCACUUGUUCACUGUUGAAUUUACCAGAGCACCCUUUCCUAACAUUGCUUCUAUGUCCUGGUGGAUUUCUUGCAGUGUCAUUUUCUUUUUAUCAACAUAUUUGAUCACAGCAUGAAGAUCUAUCUUCUCUGUGAUGUUUAACACUUCUUCAAAAUUCAACAACACACAAAAUAAGCUUGUUGAGUAAUAUUUUAUGCAUUGUUUACUUAUCAGAAAAAAUCAUACAUUCCAGUUUUGUUUUUAGGUCGGGCCAGGAACUUUUAGGACAACCCUUACUUCAGACAUUCACUUACUUGUACUAUAGAAAAAAAGAAAUGGCUGAUUUGAGAAAUUUACUUUAGAAUACUAUUUUACUAUGAUGAAAAAUAAGGUCAAAACAAUUCCAGUGUCCUUCUUCGUCGAAGGAAAACUUCAAACUUGCAGACAUUCAAGAAGACCGGGAAAUGUGGACUGAUCAAUGAUGAUUAAAUUAGUGAGAAUACAAAUUUGAAUGUUCCAUACAGCAGUUGUAAUUUAUUCAAGAUAUAAAUUUCCACAUGAAUUGUGGAAAGUAAGUCUUUCAGUAAAAAUACAAUAAAAAAUAACAUUCAUUUCAUAA